AAAUGGAUCUAUGCUUCAGGGAACAGCCUCCACGUUGUGGUGAUUGCCAUCAGCCGGGAGUAGUCUGUCCUCUUGGACUCUGACUACAGCCUUAGGACAAUGGAUUUCCUCUGUGCAUUCAGCCUUGACAGACUGUGAAAUACGAUCUUGAGAGACACUUCGGUGAAGAGUUCUUGCUGCUCUUCCAGUGGAUCAGAGGCUAUCCUGUCUUGUACGGACACUGUGACAGGAACUACAUCGGCUCCUAUUAAGCACAGCUGUGGACAGCAGAAUCCCAUUUUCAACUUGGAAUCACACCCUGCUUCCCGUGUACAAGACAAUUCCAGACAGGUCUCGGGCUCUUUAGGCUUCCUUGCACCGCGUAGGCUGUGGAAGACAAGAGUUGCUUCUUGCUUGUCGGGUUAUCUUGAGCCUCCGCCAGAGAGAACAUGCCGAGACCCCGGAAGAGACUGACUGGGGCUGCUGGCCCAGACAAGAAGGAGCUAUCAGAAAAACGUAUUAAAACCAAAAACUCAGAAAAUGCAUCAGCUAAGCUAGAGAGCCCCAGCCCACAGAUGACUUCAACCUCUAAAAACUGUGACAAGAAUGUAAGCAACUAUUGGCUGAUGAAGUCAGAACCAGAAAGCCGGCUAGAGAAAGGUGUAGACAUGAAGUUCAGCAUUGAGGAUCUCAAAGCACAGCCCAAGCAGACAGCAUGCUGGGAUGGAGUUCGCAACUAUCAGGCUCGGAACUUCCUCAAGGCCAUGAAGUUGGAGGAGGAAGCCUUCUUCUACCAUAGCAACUGCAAACAGCCAGGCAUCGUGGGACUUAUGAAGAUCGUAAAGGAGGCUUACCCAGACCACACACAGUUUGAGAAAAAUAAUCCCCAUUACGACCCAUCCAGCAAAGAGGACAACCCUAAAUGGUCGAUGGUGGAUGUACAGUUUGUUCGAAUGAUGAAGCGCUUCAUCUCCCUGGGAGAGCUUAAAGCCUAUCACCAAGCCCACAAAGCUACCGGUGGCCCCUUAAAAAGCAUGGCUCUCUUCACUCGCCAGAGACUUUCAGUUCAGCCUUUGAGUCGAGAAGAGUUUGAUUUUAUUUUGAGCCUGGAGGAAACAGAAUCAAGUUAAUGAAGGCUCUACUGAUGGAGUGAACAAGCCAUUGAUCCACAUACUCAAGAUUUUAAAAGAAAAAAAGACAAAGCUUGCUGUGUCCACCUGGGGUCGUGUGCACAGGUGGUUUGUUCAAUCUUUUUUUCCUAAUAAAAAAGAUUUAGUGA